CGCCCAACGAGACUGAGAACAACACCAUGUGCGACUACACCAGGGGGACGGUGUCCCGAGUGCUCAUUUCAGUGUUCUUCAUGCUCAUCUUCAUUUUGAGCCUGUUUGGCAACAGCGUGGUCAUUUCCACCGUGUGGAGGGUGCAAAGGAAGCAGCGAGCGGCCUUCCUCUAUAUCGGCAACCUGGCCCUGGCCGACCUGGCCUUCACCGUCUCACUGCCCCUGUGGAUGGUGUACACGGCCAUGGACAACCACUGGCCCUUCGGGAUGGCCCUGUGCAAGAUCCUCAGCUAUGUGGAGCUCCUCAACAUGUACGCCAGCGUCUUCCUCCUCACCUGCUUGAGCUUUGACCGCUACCUGGCCAUUGUGCACUCACUGUCCUUGCCGUGCACCGGCAGCCACAUCUACGCUUCCAUUGCUGCCGUCUGGAUGCUGUCGGGACUCCUGUCUACGCCCGCCCUCGUCUUCAUCACCACCUUGGACGAGCUGAGCGGCAACCGCACUUUCUGCAGGUUAGACUUCAGGUCUGUCACGACCAGUGAGCAUCAGGCGAGUUUGCUGUAUGCCGGGUUAAGCUUUUCAUUAUCCACCCUGGGGUUCCUGCUCCCCUUACUGGCCAUGGUGGUGUGCUAUGGGUUGAUCGGCUGUACGGUGAUUCGCCACUUCAACACUUAUCGCAAAGGAGACCAACGCAAGUGGCAACUCUUGAAGGUCAUCACCACAGUGGUUGUGGUUUUCGCCGUCUGCUGGAUCCCCCACCAUGUGAUGAGAACCGUGGACACCCUCUUUGAUUUGAAACUGUUUCCAGCAGCCACCUGUGCUUUCCAGCGCUCUCUGCUGCUGGCCUACCCAUACGCCGCCUGCCUGGGCUAUUUCAACAGCUGCCUCAACCCCUUCCUCUACGCCUUCUUGGACCUGCGUUUCAGGUCACGUUGCCUGCACUUGCUUCAGCUCAAGAAGUACUGCCACAAACCCACCAGGGUCUAGUGGGCCUGGAGGACUCAAUCAACACUAGAUGUUUACUUCCAGGUUCUUGACUCUGCACCUUCCUGACAAAUAAAUCUCAAGGGAUGAAAUGUGAAUCGUCUUUGUGUAAUGCAGGGAUAAGCAGGCCUGCGUGACAAGUAAAAAUAAAAACAAAAUACAAAUGUUUAUCUGAUAUUUUUCCCCACUCUCAUUCUGUGUUCUCUCCUUUAUAGAAAUUGUUUUUUUAAGCCAAUCAUUUUUAUGAACCAACAAUAAAACUGUGAAUUUGCA